AUGCCUACCCGCGAAGAGGUCACAUAUUUUGGCGCAGGCCCGGCAUUGCUGCCAACGGAGGUCUUGAAGACGGCCGCGGAAGCCUUAUUAAAUUACAAUGAUACGGGUUUGGGGAUUGCGGAACAUUCCCAUCGCUCCGAGCUUGCAACGAAUAUCAUCAACAAUGCGAAAGCAGACCUAGCGAGCUAUCUUGAUGUGCCCGACGACUAUGAAAUUAUGUUUAUGCAAGGCGGUGGAAGUGGGGGAUUCUUUGCGACAGCCUGCAAUUUGGUAGGAAUCUGGGUACACAGGCGGAAACAGAAGAUUCUGAGCGAGCUGGGCAUCGUAGAUGGGAAGGAGAUCCCAGAAGAUCAGCUACUCAAGGAGCUACAAAAAGCAGUUGAUGAAGAACUCAAGAUUGACUACCUCGUCACUGGGUCUUGGUCGCUGAAGGCUAGCCAAGAGGCAGUUCGAAUGCUAGGUUCAGAACAUGUCAAUAUAGCCGCGGACUCAAGAACCGUCAAUGACGGGAAGUUUGGGAAGAUACCAGAGGAGAGCUCCUGGAAACUUUCUAAGAACUCAGCGAUGAUUUACUUUUGCGAUAACGAGACGGUGGAUGGUGUGGAAUUCCCAGCGUUCCCUGAAGCCUUGAAGCCAGCCGGAGAUGACGGACCCAUUGUGGUGGCAGAUAUGUCCUCAAAUAUUCUAUCACGUCGGAUACCAGUAAAGAAUUUCUCGGUGAUCUUUUUCGGGGCACAGAAAAAUCUAGGAAGCACUGGUAUUACAGUCGUCAUUAUCAAGAAGAGCCUACUACCUCCCGCGGUUGCCACGCCACCUCCAACCCUCUUGAGGAAACUUGGGUUGCCCGUUGGCCCAACUAUUCUCUCAUAUGAGACCAUUGCUAAGAACAACAGUUUAUACAACACACUUAGCAUAUUUGAUGUCUAUAUUGCAGGCCAGGUUCUCAAGAGCCUACUUGCUACAUAUCCGGAUAAGGUAGACGGCCAACAAGCCGUUUCAGAAAAGAAAGCAAAGGCCAUAUAUGGUGCCCUUGAGGCGCAUCCUGAAUCAUACAAGAUUGUACCUGAGAAGAGCGUCCGCUCAAGAAUGAACAUUUGCUUCAGAGUAACCCAUCACGCAAACAUCGAUGAGUCAGAGAAAUUGUUUUUAAAAGGCGCAGUCGAGAAUGGCCUGACCGGUCUCAAGGGUCACAGAAGUGUUGGCGGAAUUCGUGCCUCUAACUACAACUCGAUACCUAUUGCAGGAGCCGAGAAACUGGCUGCUUAUAUUGAAUCAUUUGCAAAGACUCCACGCUAG